GUUUAAACAUAUCCUCACAUCAAUCAGGUCUGCAGAUUGUGCAAUAAGCCUUCUGAAUGGGCGGGACAUUCUAGGAGCUUAGAUCAUGGGUAACUGGUGGGAAAACUUCCUUAAAGUGAAAGCAGGAUUGACCACAUUCGACUCAGCAACUUUACAGCUGCAUUCGACUGUGCCUUGGUAAAGAGAAGUGAUGGGUCUUUUCAACAAUAUCAAGUUCUUUGUGCUGUGCCAUGGAAUGCUGCAACUUGCACAGCUCCUGGUUUCUGGCUAUCUGAAGGGCUCCAUAUCCACAAUAGAGAGAAGAUAUGGCCUGUCCAGUCAGAAGUCUGGACUACUGGCCUCUUUUAAUGAGGUGGGAAACACGGUUCUUAUCGUGUUUGUGAGCUAUUUUGGAAGCCGCCUACACAGACCCAGGUGUAUUGGGAUUGGAGCGGUAAUUGCAAGUAUGGCAGCAUUUCUUAUUGCUUUGCCACACUUUAUCAGUGGAAAAUAUCAGUACACGGAUGACAUAAAGACAGCUUCCAUGGAGCAUGUUUCUGGUCUUUGCCAAGAAGUGAGCAAUCACCGGGCAGCAUCCUCCAACCAGACGUGUUCGGAAGUCAAGAGUCAUGCCAACAAUGCAGUGUUUCCCAUAUUACUCCUGGGCCAGUUGCUUCUAGGCGUUGGUGGAGUUCCUAUCCAACCCUUUGGGAUUUCCUACAUAGAUGACUAUGCAAAUAAGAAGAAUUCGCCGUUCUAUCUCGGAAUAUUGUUUGCCUUAACUGUGAUUGGACCAGCAUUGGGUUACUUGCUGGGGUCGAUCCUGCUCCGGUUCUAUGUUGACUUCAACACGAUGUCUCCUGAGGAAAUUGUUCUGAAAAAAACGGAUCCUCGUUGGGUUGGAGCUUGGUGGUUGGGUUUCCUUCUAGCUGGUACCUUGCUCUUCCUUACCUCCCUGCCAUACCUAUUUUUCCCCAGAAGCAUGAUCACAGAGGAAGCCGUAGAGGCCACUGGAGCAGACCUGCUCAAAGAGAAGGAGGAAGCUGUAUCAGACACUACACGUGGACUUUCACUUCUCCAGUUCCUCAAAAAAUUCCCACACAUCAUGCUGAGAACCCUGAGGAACCCCAUUUACCUUUUGGUGGUGCUGGCCCAGGUGAAUCUAGCAGCGAUGGUUGCUGGACUGGCCACAUUCAUGCCUAAAUAUAUUGAGAGACAGUUCUCUCAAACAGCUUCCUUCUCUAACAUAAUGAUUGGUGGUUUGAGCAUCCCGUGCGCCAUGUUGGGCAUCAUGGCAGGAGGCAUGAUCCUGCGCAGAUUCAAUCUGUCCGUUAAGGCCUCGGCGAUCUUGUGCAGCGGUGCCGUGCUGUUGGCGAUCACCUUCGCCUUGCCGCUCCUCUUCCUCGGUUGUCCAACGCAGAGUAUUGCUGGGAUAAACCCUACCAAUAGCGAAAGCUUCAGCAGGUACCUGAAUUGCAGUUCGACGUGUUCCUGCUCUGAUGAGGCUUUCAACCCUGUGUGUGGUUCUGAUGAUGUGGAGUUUCGCUCUCCUUGUCACGCUGGCUGCAAAACCGCAACCAAUAACUCGCUGAACUACACAGACUGCGUGUGUGUGGGUCCAGCUGGUUCUCGCGGUUAUGCCGUACCAGGAACAUGUGGGAACAACUGCGCUCACCUCCUCGUCCCGUUCAUGAUUUUCUCCUCGCUCACAUGCUUCUUAGCGUCCCUCUCUCAGACCCCAUCGUUUAUGAUGAUUCUCAGGACUGUGACGCCAGAAGACAAAUCCUUUGCCCUGGGAAUCCAGUUCAUGCUCCUCAGAGUGCUUGCGUUUCUCCCAGCACCUGUCCUGUACGGAAGUGCCAUCGAUUCGACCUGUAUUUUGUGGGGGAAAAAGUGCAAGAAGAACACUUCCUGUCAGUACUACAACUUGGAUUAUUUCAGACAACGAUUUCUUGGACUUCAGACAUUUUUUGUGUUUGGAGGUCUGGUCUUCUUCUUUCUCUCCUUUUUGGUUCUGAAGAGAGCGGAUUCUGCUCAGCGAAAGAGACUGGAACUGAUGAACAGCAAUGCCACAAAUGAGAAGCAGGACAUGAAAGACACAAAAUCAUUUCUCAAAUGAGCACGCUAAGAAUCUGUUGAGAAGACAAGAAACCUGCGAGAGGAAAGAUGAAAAGUAUUGAGGGAUUGAUUUUUUUUUUGUGGUAUUAGGAUAAAGUCUACACUUGGGGGGGAACCAGACAGAGUGACUUAAAUAGCCGUCAUCUGUGAAUCAUAAUCACACGGAUAUUACAUUCUUUUCCAUCAAACACUCAUCGCCGCUUUUGUGCUGAUGAAGUGUCUGCACAUAUGAACAUGCUAAAUACGCUUACACACUGUGAAGCCACUGUAGCUUUUUCUUCAUCUGAGCCUUUAGUGAAACUGUCUUAUAAUGACAGCUUGUCUGGUUGAUCCGUCCUACAUUAGUCUGCUAUAAAGAUGGACCAGGUGUGUCGUGAGUGUUGCCGUCUCGGUUGAGUUUGGUAAUACCCGUUCUGAACUGCGUUGAUUGGGUGGAGUAUGAUACUGGAGUGUUACUGAUAAAUACAGAGGGCAUUAGAAAAUCCUUUUGGAGCAAUUAACUCCGAUUGGAUUUCAUACGUAUUCUAUCUUCUAGGCUGGAGAUGUAGCAAGCCUCACUGUGAUUGGUGAAAUAAGCUUUCUUUGCUUUUCUAUCUUGUUUUUAAAAAUAAAGAAAUGUAAGUGUUCUUCUUGACAUCAUACAAUUAUCUACAAUGUAUGGGUUUUUUUGUUUUUUUGUUAAUGGUAUACAGAUCACGUGUGUAUGCUGAAAUUAUAUUUGGUUUGGCAUUUUUAUAUGGAUUUGAUGCAGUUGAGUCAUAAACAUUUGAACUGUGAUAAAUGUUUCUUAAAUACAAAAGCAGUAAAUGUAAGUUCUGAUCCAUUGGGGGGGGCGGGGGACGGUUAAGGACACUCAUGGAAAUAGGGGACACGCAUACUCCUGCUCAUUCAUGCAUUUAUCCAAUCAGUCAAUCAUGUCGUACUAGCACAAUGCAUACAAUCAUUCAGAUACAGGUCAAGCGCAAAGGCGAAGGCUAUAGUGGGCAGAGGUUAACCGAAACUUUAGAAAAACAUCGGCUAGUUUUUUGCCCAGUCUGGUUUCGGUGAGUCUGUGUAUACUGUAGAAUUAAAUUCAUUCCCCCAGUCUUUAACUCUCCAGUUUUGCUGAGCCUCAGCUUUCUUUAAUGGCUGACAGAAGCGGAACCCGACGUGGUCUUCUGCUGUUGUAGCCCAUCCGCCUCAAGGUUUGAUUUGUUAUGCAUGCUGAGAUGCUUUUCUGCUCACCACAAUUGUACAGAGUGGUUAUCUGAGUUACUCUAUCCUUUCUGUCAGCUCGAAACCAGUCUAGCCGUUCUCCCCAGACCUCUUUCAUCAACAAGGCGUUCCUGCCUGUAGAGCUGCCACUUAUUAAGAUGAUGUUUUCUUUUUUUUCUUUUUUUUUUUUUUUUUUCAUAAUCCUAUUUCAAUCCCAUUGUGAAACUCUGUGUAAACUCUAGAGACCUUUUAAAUGAAAAAUCCCAGCAGGUCAGCAAUUUUCAUAAAUACUCAAACUGGCACCAUGCCACACUCCGUCACUGAAGGCACACUUUUCUCCAUUCUGAUGUUCGAUGUGAACGUUAACUGACGCUCUCGAGCUGUAUCUGAUGAUUUCAUGCCUUACGCUGCUACCACAUGAUCGGCUGAUUGGAUGGCUGCAUGAAUUGAACGAGCCCUACACGUUAGAGGUGUUUAUGUUAACGUGGCUGGUGAGUAUACUCGAACACUGAUCCGAUAUCAUGGUCAACAAGAAAUCAUGCUGCAAUGUUAUAAAUGUGAAUUGUUUGGAGAAAUGGUUAAAUGUGAUUUGAAAAUUUUCAAACCAUCAAAUGUGACGCCAAAACAUAAUACAAAUGUAAUAGCUAUAUUGACAACGUUGUUUCCACUGGCCUUCUCGCUGGUGUAUUGUAUUUCUGUGUGACAUUUAUAAAAAGUCAUAUAACA